AUGCUCGUGGCCUGGCCAGGUAUUCGCACCUCGCUGUUCGAUGUGGCGGCCCCCGAGUCGAUUACGAAUUUCGGCGCGCUCGGGGCAGCAGACAGUCCUAUGACGAGCACCAUUGAGGUGGAGCGCCCGGCAUGGGACCCCGGCAGGGCGGCCGCGACGGAGUGCCUGAGGUGUUUCUCGUGCCGCACCUGCUCGACGCCAUGGCCCUUGCGGGUGCCCUUCAUGUUCUGCUCGGCCGCAGUCGUGGAUGACAGCGUCGCUGACCAGCCCUCGGACGACCACCUGCGGCUCAGCCGCCUCGCGAUUCGGCUGCUGCACACGCCGCUGCCCGCGGACGGCCCCCAGGCCGCGUACCUGUUCCAGGAGCUGGACUGCAACGUGCCGUCCGUGGUGCAGGCCGCCCUGGAGGUGCGGCGCCAGCGCCCUGGCGUCGUGCUCUUCACCGUGGGCGUCGACAACGGGAGGCUCGGCCUGCCCAUCGCCAGCGGCUACGGCGCCGCGCCCUACCUGCUGGAGCAGCUGCGCGACGCGGGCCUGGACGUGGCAGAGGUGGAGCUGGCGGAUUUCGACCACUCGGGCCAGAUCAACACCCUCAACGAGUCCGAGGCGGUGCGGACGGAGCUCGGCGCCCCCCGGGGGGGGGGCUCGGCGGGCCUGCGUCGAGGCCGGCUCCCGGGAGGGGUGCAGCAAGAGGGCGGACGCGAUCGUGUACCACCUGCCCGACAUCCACGUGGAAGGUGCCGGCCCCGAGUUUAA